AUAAUAAUAAAAUCUUUUAACACAGAAAUAUACAGAAUAGAGAGAGAAAAAAUAUAGAAAAAAAAAAUAUAUAUACAUACAUCUUUUUCAACGCUAAAUACUGAAAUGAGUGAGUUAACGCACCUAUUUGCGAAAAGGAAAAUCCGAGAGAUGGGGCUAACGCGUUGCAACAAGACGAUCGAGAAUCUAUAUAUUCGGACUGGCUGUGGAUCUGGUAGCAGUUGCCAAGUUGGUUCCUUCCAUAGCAGUGCUUCCUCCUACUACGCUCAUAGCAGGAGGUCCUUUUGCUUUAAAUAACCAUGGAUUGCAAAGUAUGCUACAGCAACUUCGACGACAAGGCCUCCUGUCCACGGAACCUGGAGUGCGGCCACUCCUUCUGCACCAGCUGCCUCAAGGCCAUCCACUACGGGUCAGCGCUGGAGUGCCCCGAGUGCCGCCACGAGCAGAGCGUCGAGGAGGUCGCCGCCCUGCCCGUCGGCUUCGGCGUCCUGAGGGCGGUGGAGGCGGCGCGCGGCGAGAUCUCGACCCGCAAGGAGCAGGACGAGUGGGAGGCGCCCUUGUUCAUCCUCCCGAGACGAGAGAAAGACCUGCAGGAGGGCGGCAAGGAGAGCCUGGAGAACGAAGGGGCAGCCGAUCUGGAGGCCUUGAAGAAGUCUAAAAUCUACUUCUGCGCCGAGAAACUGGAGGAGCUGAAGGACUAUGAGCGCGUCCUCGGAGAGGUCUCGGCAAACGUCCGGCGCCACGUGAAUUACCUGGAGAAGAUCCUGCAGAGUCGACAGUCCGUGAUCCAGUCCCUGCAGAAGGAGAGGGAGAGGUGCCAGAGGGAGCAGGAGUCUAUCGAAGGAAGGAAGAAGGAACUGUUUGUUCGCAAGGAGCAGCUCGACGACGCUCCCGGUGGAGAGGAAACAGCGGAUUUCCGGCCAAAGGAGUAUCUCGACCGCAGACGUCGCCUCAAAAAGUUCCUUGAGAUAAACAAAGAGGCACUGGGACACCUACACUCCUUCGCCUCACACAUCUGCCAAGGAGACAAGCAUCUACUGAAGGAUGGGCUUUCAAUGGACUCGCCAGAAUCAGACCUCGUCCAUCUCUUUAGCGAUAUGAUGAGAAUAAAAUAAACACUGUGGACUGGUUUGCUCAACAGAGAAGUCUAUCUAAACUUGAUUCUUUUAAGGGUUAUUACUGCUGUUGCCUGAAGCAUAGUGUGGAAGGAGGUAUGACAUAUAUUUUUUUCCCCGUAAAUGAACAUUCGUGAAGCGUUUAAACGGAGCAUAUUGUCAUUAAUUUUAUCUUUCUACUAUGUGGAUCGUAAGACUAAGGAGGAGCUGUUGGGUUUAAUAAGAUUUAACGUUGGUUUAUAGUUCGAACGGAGCAUAGUCCUUAUCAACAUCUAAGACGAUAUAUAUUCAUAUAUACACAUAUAAAUACAUACAUUUGUAUAUACAAAAUCCUACAGGUUGAAUAAAUUUUUGAACCCCAGG